ACAAAAACACUUUGCAACACUGAUGAGUAUGUCAAUUGAGGGAAAAGAAGAAUUGUUUACGUAUUUUUUAAUAAAUACUGUAAAAAAUUUUAAAUUUCGAAUGAAAAAAUAAUGGAAUCGUCGACAUUCAAUCGAAAUAUAUGCCGUAUUUGUCUGGAAGACAAUGUAACUGUCAACUGGAACGAAGAAAUUGAAAUAUUAUGUGGUUUCAGCUACAAAGAUUGUUACUACAAAUACACAAAGUUACCGGCAGAUGAUACUGAUGCUUUACCAACAAAUUUGUGUGAAAUAUGUUGUAGUGGUCUUAAAAAUGCUCAUUUAUUAUUUGAAAAAGCAUCCGUAACAUAUAAGCAUCUUUGCGAUAAUCUCUUCACUAUAAAACAUGGAAGUGAUAUGGGCAUUGGAAGAAAACAAACAACAAUGAAAUUUGAAAUUAAGAUUAUUGAUGAUAGUGAAUUUAGUGAUACAAUUGAACACGACACUAUGACAAAUGAUGGGACAGUUGCAGAUAUAGAAGAAGAAUUGUUGGACCACACAAGUGAUUACGAUAAUGAACAGGAUGUCAGCACAAAAAAUUCUGUAAAUAAUAGUAUCACUAACGAAAUUCCAAUGAGUGAAGACGAUACAAUUGAGAAUGAAAAUUUAACAAAUAGCGAAAUGCCUUCCGGUCAAGCAAUUUGCGAAAGUUCUGAUGCAAAACCUACUGCCUCAUCAACUACUAGUAAAAAGAGAAAAUCAAAGAAAUAUUUGUGUGCAUAUUGCUCUUUAGUAGUCAACGAUAGAUCAUAUCUUAAAGUUCACGAAUCUACACACAAUGAAAAUAGAAAACGUACUGAAACAUGUCCCCACUGUGGACUUAAGUUUUAUACUAAAACGGCAUUGAAAAAUCAUAUGGACAUCCACGUAGAAAAUCGUGAAAAGAAAUUUAAAUGUGAAUUUUGUAUUAAGGCCUUUUUUAAUCGAGGAGCACUUAAUGUUCAUAGACGUAUACAUUUAGGUCAGAUGAUAGCGUGUAAGCUGUGUCCAAAAGAAUUCUAUAGACAAGUUGAUUUAGACAAACAUUUGGUAAAACAUUCAACAGCUCCUCUGCAUAAAACAGCUGAAGAGUCCAAAUAUACAGUACAAUGUCAAUAUUGUAAUGAGACAGUUGCCACUGCAAAGUGGAAGACACAUAAAGCUAUUCAUCUUAAUCAGCCUCCAGUAAAAUGUAAAGUUUGCGACAAAGAAUUCUUCGCUAGAAAUAGAGUAGUGCGACAUUUAAGAAAAGUGCAUGGUAAAACUAUAGAGGAAUAUGAUGAAUUUAUUCAAUAUCUUGAUUCAAAUAUACGUAUGUCUAAUUUAAUGAUACGACAACAAGAAAUACUAGUACCAGUUUCAAAAUAAAUAAUUUAAAAUUAUAUGAAAAUGAAGCUAUUUGGUAUUUUCUGGACUUUUACAAUUCGAAUA